GUCGACAUUGUUGACGAAAGCAAUCAAGUAUUGCGCCAAGAGCGUCGGGAAAUCAUGCGCAAAGAACGGCUGUUGCACCGUUCUACUUAUAUUUUUGCGCGAAACAGCCAGGGAGAGUACUAUGUGCAGAAACGAACCAUGCUCAAGGACUACUGUCCUGGGUACUACGAGGUGGUGGCCGGUGGAGUGGUGGGGGCAGGCGAAACCUACGCCGAGAAUGCCGAUCGAGAGGCGGAGGAAGAGCUGGGCAUUCCACCUUCUGCGGGAAAAAAGCAUUUGUUCACUUUCUUGUACCAAGAUGAGCAAAUUCGUGUCUUUGGUGACGCCUGGGAAGUAGUGUGGGACGGAGCCUUGACAUUGCAAAAGGAGGAAGUCGAAAGCGUGCAUCCCAUGACGCUUGAGGAAGUUUUUAUUCGGGUCGAGGCUGGAGACAAGUUCACGCCCGAUUCGCUGUAUGCGACCCGGAAGUAUCUUGACUUUUUGCGCGAAAAGGGAGAAAAGUCAAACGGAAAUUGA